AGGUCCCAAGAAAACAAGCUCACCUGGAGUGAUAAAGACCAGCAUCUUGUAGAACUGAUGAUGCUCAUUCAGGUAACAAGCUAGCUGGCAAUCAAGGCAGAAGAUUAUGGGUUCCACUCUGAAAAGGAAUAAUGUUGGUCAGCCAGCAACAACAGUCUCACCAAGUGCUUCACCUCAGCGAGUGAUUGAGCUUGCCCAAAGCAUUUCGUCUCAGGGAAGAAACAAGUUUGCCCAAAAUUCCUCACCCCAGCGAGGCAGCAUACUUGCCCAAGACCCCUUACUCCAACGAGGACGAGAGCUUCCCCAACACCCUUCACCUCAGCUAAGGAAGGAGCAACCCUUGUCCCGGCAAAGAAGUGAGGUGUCCCAAAGUCCUUCACCUCGACGUGGGAGCAAGGUCUCCCGAAGUCCUUCACCACAACGUAGGAGCAAGGUCUCCCAAAGUCCUUCACCUCAAUGCAGGAGCGACAUCACCCACAGUCCUUCGCCCCGGCAUGGGAGCGAGAUGCCACAAAGCACCUCACCUCAGCGAGGAACCGCGUUCUCCAGAGGCACCUCACCUCAGCGAGGGGCAGAGCUCAGUCAAAGCACCUCACCCCAAAGAGUAGUAGAACUAAGAACUGGAAAAUGCAUGGUUCAGCCAGGAAAGCUAUCAGUAACGGCUAGCCAUUUACUGGUAGCCGUGCAGCAGGGCCUUAACGCACAGAGGGCAGCGCCACACCAGACACCUAGCCCUCUGCCAGAAACUAAACUGAACCAAGGAACCCCCACCCAAUAUGGCACGUACACUCAUAGACCUUCUGUCCAGCAAAAGAGUGAAUCUCUGCAGACAGAUUUAACCCCUUGCUCACCAAUGCUAGGGACCAAAUCAGUCCACAAGGGUCCCCCUCAGCCUGAUGCUAAUUUGGCUACCGAUGACUCACUUCAGCCACAGAUCAAACGCGCUCGCAGAACCAUACUCCACCCAAAGGAUGAAUCUACCCAAACUGAACCCAUCUACCCAGUCUCCUUUCCCAUCAGGACUGAAACAACCCGCAAAGCCUCCAUCCCCACGCAGACUGAAUUGAUGUCCAGAGCCCUACUACUUCCCAAACAGAUUGAAUUGACCCGGAGGGGCUUGCUUAAGCCAGAGGCCGAAACAACCCACAGGGGCUCCUUCUCCAAACUAACUGAGCCAAUCCACACUGGUUCACUACCUCUAGAGAAAGCAUCAACCUGCAGGCCCUCCCACCGCCCAGGAAGUGAGCCAAGCCACAGGUAUGCAGUCCACCAAGCCACAGGCUUGACACAAAGGGGAUCACCUCCUCUAGAAACUGAAUCAAUCUACAGGGUUUCCGUGCCCACACAGACUGAAUCGACCCACAGGGCCUCCCUUUAUCCAGAGUCCAGGUCAAAUUAUACAACCUUACAACAGCCAGAGAUCAAAUUAGUUCACAGGGCCUUAAACUAUCCAGAAAGUGAAUCAUACUACAGGUGUGCACUACACCAAGCAGCAGAACUAGCUGACAGGGGUUCCCUCCCUCCAGAGACUACUUCAACCCGCUGGGUCUCCACCCCAGCACAGACUGAAUCAAACCCGAGGGCCUCCAGCCCUACACAGACUGAAGCAACCCACAGAGGUUCACUCUCCCCAGAGCAUGCAUCAAAAUAUUGGGGAUCACUCCCUCAGGAAAUCAGAUCAGCUCACAGGCCCUCGCACCAUCCAGAGAGUGAACCCAGCUACAGGUGCAUACUCCACAAAGCAACAGAGCCAACCCACAGGAGCUCCCUCCCCGCAGAGGCAGAAUCAAGCGUGAGGAGCUCCCUCUGCCUGGAGACUGCAUACGCUGGUAGUACUCUACCUGCCUCCAAGGAUGAGUCAUCCCAGACUGAACCCUCCUCUGGACCCUUACUCCACUCAGGGACAGGCUUCACCCAGAGGGUCUCGCUCCAGCCUAAAAGUGAAUCCACCUGCAGAAACUCAGCUCUGUCACAGACUGAAUUUGUCCCCAAGGACUUAUCUCCUAGGGCCCUACCCAAGUUUGGACCUGAUUCAGCCUGGUGGUCCUUACUACAGCCAGACACCAGAGGGCCUAAGAGCCAGGUUCCUCUAUGUCAGGUGUUUUCAGAUGCAGGGGGCCAGUCAGCUGCAACUGGAGCUUUGCGCAUGCAGAGAGAUGUGGUCUCAGAUUCUGUGUGCAGUGACACAGGUAGUUCAAGCAAAGACGUGGCCUUGCCAGUAUUGGAUGACAAACUACUCGCUGCUGCCCCACUACAUAAGGAUAAGCCAGAGUGUGCUGGACCCAGUUAUGAAGCAGCUGACAUGAUCGAGCUAGCCAGGGAGAGAACAGUUACUGGGCAUAGCAGUUUUUUUGUGGGUAUGUUUAAGCCACCUUGGCUGGAUGAAUUUACUGGGGACUUUUUACACACACAUGAUGGGCAACUGGUGCCUCCUGAAUCUGGGGAGGCGCAAGAUCACUGGCCAAGAGGUGCCUCAGACUACCCUGAGCCACACAGCUCUCUCUACCUUUGA